AUGAGUGGUUGGAUGCAAAGUUAUUCAGCAUCAAAGAAACUUGAUAUUCUAUUACAACGUAGUGCUCUUGUUGAUUCAGUACCAUUUGGUAAACGAGCUGAAAAUAAUAAAACAGCUGGCUCAACGCCAUUAAUUGAUGCAACUAAAUAUAAUCAUCCUGAAUGUGUUAAACAUUUAUUAGUACAUCAUGCUAAUCCAAAUCAUAAAAAUCAUUCGAGUAUAUCAGUAUUAAUACUUGCACCUGAACUACGUUAUUUUGAAUGUGUUAAAUUACACGUACAAGCUGGAGCUGAUCUAAAAUUAUCCUCAAGUAGUUCAGUAGCAUUAAGAUUGAAUUUAUGUGGUCAAACAUCAUUAUUUUGUGCAGCAAAAGAAGAUCGAACAGAUAUAGUUAAAUAUUUAUUAGACGAUGAAGCUAAUCGACAUGUUCAAAAUCAUUAUGGUGUUAGUGCUUUAUGCAUUCCAUCACAAAAAGGCAUAUUACAAGUUGUUGAAUUAUUAUUAAAUGACGGUACUGAAACACAUGUUACUCCGUUUGAUAGUCAAGCUGAUGAAUUAAAUAUAACUGUAACAAAACUCAGUUCAACAUCAUUUUUGUUGGCAUGUGAAAUAUGUAAUUUAGAUAUAAUUGAAGCUGGUGCUGAUUUUAAUUAUGCAGCAAGUGGUCUAGAGGUUGAUAAUUUAAAUAUGACUGAUCAAACAGUAUUUUAUUGUGGUUAUAUUAAACAAUCGUAUUGA